GGGCAAUUGUGGAGAUUCAAACAAAUGGGUGAAGGAGAGAGGUCGAGGUCCGGCGGCGAAGAAUCGGAGUCGGAAGAAGAAACGAGAGACCCAAUCGAAGAAGAAGAAGGAAAGGGUGAUAAGAUGUCGGAGUAUGAGAAGAAGAGGUUGACAAGGAUCGCCGAGAACAGAGCGAGAUUAGAAGCUCUCGGCAUCUCUAAAGCCGCCAAGGCCCUUGUGCCUCCAUCAUCUAUGAGAAAACCUAAUUCCGGUGAAGAAGAAGAAGAAGAAGACGACGAUUAUAGACCCGGAGAUGAAAUAGACGAGAGUGAAUAUGAAGAGGAGGAGUUUCUGGAGAAAUCAAGCUCCGUUUCUCGUAAAAGAAACAAGAACAAGACCGCCUCCACGCCAAAGAGGAAGAAGCAUUUGUGUAGAUCAGACCCACUUGGAGAGGAUAACGAUGACGACUUAAACAAGGCAAUAGCGCUUUCUCUAGGCUCUGUUGCAGUAGCAGGAGUAGGCUCUCGUAGAAACGGCCAAGCGUCAGCAUCUUUUAAGAAGAAUAAUUCGGACUUGAGCAUGAGCAAGAUGCAGAUGACUGGGGAUGAAUUGGUCUUAUACUUCUUUCAGUUUGAUAAAGCGGGAAAAGGUUUCAUUACUCUGAGAGAUGUGGCGACAAUGGCCACUGUGCAUGAUUUCACUUGGUCAGACGAGGAAUUACAAGACAUGAUUCGUUGCUUUGACUUUGAUAAAGAUGGAAAGCUAAGCUUGGAUGAGUUCAGGAAAGUUGUUACUCGAUGUCGCAUGUUGAAUGAAUCUUGAUGAUGGCUGAUAUGUUUUGGGUGAGUGCACCUCUUCGGUGUUUUUGAUUCUCCACAUGCGUUGAAAACAUCACUCUUUUUUUUCAUGGUCUCUGUAAACAAAAGAUCUUGUUCUGAUCAUUUCAAAUUGUGUAUUGCAUGUUUAAUCUACUAAGUAGUAUUUAUAGUUAAGAAAAAUUGCACAUGUAUUUGUUUGUUUGUUCAACUGAGCAUUCCAAUUUUGUUUU